UCUCUCGUCCUCCAACGACUCCUUCCAUCUGCUUCCGGCGAGCGAGGCCACGGCGGCGAACUCUCAGGCGACGAACACAGCGAACGUCCGGCGGCCAUUGCGAAAUUUUCCAGGCGCGAACAACGGCGAAGCGAAAGGAAUCAACGACGGCGAACUCCGGUGAGCUAGCUUCAAGCAACGACGCCGCACGCUGAUUUGGUUCUUCUUUGUGAKUUGGAACAUCUGUUGCUAUAAAAUUGCGUUGAACUUGUGUUUUUGUGGUUGGUAACAUCUCAAGUGGUCAAGCAUUAAUGUUUCUUCCUAUGGAGAUCGCAUUUCUCGAAGACGGGCGGCAUUCACAUCCUCUCUCUUCUUCAACUUGGACUAUCUGUUAGUAUUAGCCUUUUCCUCACCACUGUAUCCCACUGCCUUGCCGCUUGUUGUCCCAUUUGGAUCCCUGCCUAUUUGUCCUACUUUGAUGGCGCCGAUGUGAGGUCCAUUGGCUCUGUCGAUAGUACCCACCAGAAAGAACUGAAUCGAACCAGUUUGGGUUUUAAUAGUUGGUCGGUUCGAUUCAGUCCUCUUYAUCCACCAAACCUUUCCCUCCAAUCUCACCUUCAGAACAAUGUGUCUUGUUAUGGGAAUGGGAAUAAACUAGCUACUCUCCCUCUCUUUAGCCACCCCCUCUAAUGUAUCUAUUGCGAAUGUGAUCUUGUUUCCCAUGUGAAAUCUAACCAUUUGACUCAAAGAUGUCUCGGAGAUCGACUAGAUUAGUGGAAAAAGCAACGGUACAUUUAGAGAAGACCACCAGCAGUGAAAUUGCAAAAUCACUCAAGUUAAAGAGAUGUGGUGGAACUGGGAAAAUCCAGAAUUCUUCCAGACGAAGGCAGAAUUUGAAGCGGAAGAGUGGAAGUGAUUCGAAUGAAGUUCUGUUCUCUUCUGAGCAAUUGGAGGGGAAGAAGAGGAAAACUUGUAGUCAGAGAGCAGUGGUCACAAGAGCAAGUGCUUCAAAGAAUUUUGAGUAUGAGGGGAUCCACAAAGGGGGUGGGAGACCCAGGAAGAGGGUGUAUUAUCAGAAAGUGGUUUUUGAUGGUGGUGAAUUUGAGGUUGGGGAGGAUGUUUAUUUGAAGAGGAGAGAAGAUGCGAGCUCCGACGACGAAGACCCUGAAGUUGAGGAGUGUAGAGUGUGUUUUAAGUCUGGAAAGGCUAUAAUGAUCGAGUGUGAUGAUUGUCUUGGUGGCUUCCAUUUGAAGUGUUUGAAGCCAUCAUUAAAGGAAGUUCCUGAGGGGGACUGGAUAUGUGGAUUUUGUGAGGCUAAUAAAAUGGGCAAACAGGUUCAAUUGCCGAAGCCUCCAGAGGGUAAAAAACGGGUUAGGACAAUGAGGGAGAAGCUUCUGGCGGGUGACUUGUGGGCUGCUCACAUUGAAAGUUUAUGGAAAGAUGUAGAUGGUAACUAUCGGUGUAAGGUUAGAUGGUAUAUWAUUCCAGAAGAGACAGCAGUUGGAAGACAACCGCAUAACUUGAAGAGAGAGCUUUAUUUAACUAAUGAUUAUGCAGAUAUUGAGAUGGAAUCCAUUCUUAGAUUGUGUCAAGUCAUGAAUCCUAAAGACUAUUAUAAUGCUAAGGAAGGGGAUGAUAUCUUUSUAUGUGAGUAUGAAUACGAUGUUCGUUGGCAUAGUUUCAAACGGUUAGCUGAAAUUGAUAAAGAAGAGGAUGCUGAAGCCGUUGAUAGCGACAAAGACUGGAAGUUGGACCAAGAUGCAGAAUCUGAUUCAGAUGGAGAUGUGGAAUAUGAUGAAGAGAGAGCACAAAGUUUACAAUCUAGAAUCUACUCAAGCUCGACCCAUGAAUUGGCUGCCAAUUCAAAAAAAGGACAAUUUCGUGGACUACAAAAGAUAGGAGCAAAAAAGAUCCCAGAGCAUAUAAGAUGCCACAAACAGACUGAAUUGGAAAGAGCAAAGGCAACCCUCAUGUUGGCGUCAUUACCCAAGUCUCUACCUUGUAGAAAUAAAGAAAUUGAGGAGAUAACUACAUUUAUAGAAAGUGCUAUAUGUGAUGAUCAAUGUUUGGGGCGUUGCUUGUACAUCCAUGGUGUUCCAGGAACAGGCAAGACAAUGAGUGUAAUGUCAGUAAUGAGGAACUUGCGGGCUAAAGUUGAUGCAGGAAAUAUAAGACCUCAUUGCUUUGUGGAGGUUAAUGGUCUAAAGCUGGCAUCACCAGAAAAUAUAUACAAGGUAAUAUAUGAAGCAUUAACUGGGCAUAAGAUUAAUUGGAAGAAGGCUCUUCAGUUGUUGACUAAACGGUUUUCGGAUGUAAAUAGUUGCAAAGAGGAUGCCCGUCCUUGUAUUCUGCUCAUUGAUGAACUUGAUCUUCUUGUAACAAGAAAUCAGUCAGUUCUAUACAACAUUCUUGAUUGGCCUACAAAGCCACAAGCCAAAUUGAUUGUGAUAGGAAUUGCAAACACCAUGGACCUUCCUGAGAAGUUGCUUCCUCGAAUUUCAAGCCGAAUGGGUAUUGAAAGGCUUUGCUUUGGCCCCUAUAACUAUCAGCAACUUCAAGAAAUCAUUUUGAGCCGCCUUGAAGGAAACAAUGCAUUUGAAAAACAAGCUAUUGAAUUUGCAUCGAGAAAGGUAGCUGCUAUUUCAGGAGACGCACGUCGUGCUCUAGAGAUAUGUAGGCGUGCAGCUGAAAUUACUGAUUACCAUAUAAAGUCACUGAGUUCGAGUCCCAACACUGAUAUGACUGCAAAAACACAUGUAGGAAUAACUGAGGUAGAAGCAGCGAUUCGAGAAAUGUUUCAAGCACCUCAUAUUCAAGUGAUGAAGAAUUGUCCUAAGCAUAGUAAGAUCUUCUUGACUGCUAUGGUGCACGAACUUUAUAAAACUGGAACGGGUGAAACUACCUUUGAAAAGCUUGCCAUGGCUGUCUCGUGUCUUUGUACAAGCAAUGGAGAGGAAUUUCCAGGAUAUGAUGCUCUCUUGAAAGUUGGCUGUAGGCUUGGUGAAUGCAGAAUUAUUUUAUGUGAAUCAGGAGCCAAACAUCGAUUACAAAAAUUGCAACUUAAUUUUCCAAGCGAUGAUGUAUCAUUUGCACUGAAAGGCAGCAAGGAUCUACCAUGGUUGGACAAGUAUCUAUGAAUCAAUUUGUAAGAAACAAGUUUGUUUGAUCAUAUAGAAUAUCAUUUUAAUUUUGUACAUAUGAAACAUUUAGUUCCCAAAAUAUUUAUAAAAAGCAAUUAGACCUUC